AUGUCUUUCCAGAGUACUCUCAGCCUGUCCCUGGACAGUCCCACCCAUGCCAUUUGUGUGCUGGGCAUGGAAAUCACAUUGGACAUCAGUGGGUGUGCCCCCGAGAACUGCCAGUCCUUCACCAUCCGUGGCUCCCCCAGGAUCCUGAUCCACAUCUCCAGCACAGUCAUCACUGGGAAGGAGGAUGCCGUGGUCUGGCGACCCAUGAACAAACCCACAGAGGCACUGGUGAGGAUGGUGUCACCCAGCCCCACUGUGGACGAGGACAAGGUGUUGGUCUCCUACUACUGUCCUGACACAGAGGUCCCCACGGCCACCGCUGUGCUGUACCUCACCGGCGUUGAGGUCUCCCUAGAAGCAGACAUCUACCGAGAUGGACAGCUGGACAUGCCAAGUGACAAGCAGGCUAAGAAAAGAUGGGUGUGGGGCCCGAAUGGCUGGGGAGCCAUCCUGCUUGUCAACUGUAAUCCUGGCGAAAGAGGCGAGUCUGAAAAGACCAGUGAUCAGGACAAGUGCAAAGCAAUACAGAACCUCUCUCCAAUGACACUGACUGUGGAGGGCCCACAAGCUGUCCUUAAGAACUACUGUCUGAUCCUCCAUACUUCCAAGGAAGAGGCGAGCAAGGCAAAAGUCUACUUGCUCCAGAAAGGUACCGCCACCAGUACCUAUGAACUGGUAAUAGGACCUGGCAAGCCUGACCAUGUCCUGGCUCCCUUUGAGAACCGAGGGAAAGAGACCUUCUACAUAGAGGCCAUAGAGUUCCCAUCUGCCAACUUCACAGGCCUGAUUUCUUUCUCCGUCUCCCUAGUGGAAAAGUCUUAUGACCAAUUGAUCCCGGAGGUGCCGCUCUACAAAGACACAGUGAUGUUCCGGGUUGCUCCUUACAUCUUUACUCCCAGCACCCAGAUGCCUCUCGAGCUUUACCUGUGCAGGGCGCUGCAGCUGCAGGGCUUUGUGGACACAGUGAUCAGACUGAGUGAGAAGAGCAACGUGCAGGUGGCAUCUGUGUAUGAGGACCCCAACCGCCAGGGCAAAUGGCUGCAGGAUGAAAUGGCUUUCUGCUACACUCAGGCUCCUCACAAGACGGUGUCCUUGAUUUUUGACACCCCUCGGGUUUCCAAUAUGGAAGAGUUCCCCAUAAAAUACUCACUGAGCCCUGGCGUUGGCUACCUGACCCACCACACCGAAGACCACGGAGUGGCUAGCCUGGAUUCCAUCGGGAACCUGAUCGUAUCCCCACCAGUCAAGGCUCAAGGCAAAGACUACCCACUAGGCAGGGUCCUCAUUGGUGGCAGCUUUUACCCCAGCUCCGAGGGCCGGGACAUGAGCAAGGCCCUGCGUGACUUCGUGUAUGCCCAGCAGGUGCAGGCCCCUGUGGAACUCUUCUCAGACUGGUUGAUGACGGGCCACAUGGAUGAGUUCAUGUGCUUUGUCCCUGUAAAUGACAAAUAUGACGAGGGCAAGGGCUUCCGCCUCCUGCUGGCCAGCCCCAGUGCCUGCUACGAGCUGUUUGAACAGAAGCAGAAGGAAGGCUAUGGGGACGCGAACCUGUUUGAUGAGGUCAGACCAGACCAGCUCAUUUCUAAUGGGAGGGAGUCCAGAACCAUCUCUCAAGUCCUGGCUGAUGAGAACUUGCGAAAGCAGAAUGAUUAUGUGGAGAAAUGCAUUAGCCUGAACCGCACCCUCCUAAAGAAGGAACUGGGCCUGACGGACAAAGACAUCAUUGCCAUCCCACAGCUCUUCUGCCUGGAGAUGCUGACAAACAUCCCCUCCGGCCAAAACUUCACAAAACACUUUGCACGGCCGUACUUCCCUGACAUGCUGCAGAUGAUUGUGUUGGGCAGGAAUCUAGGGAUCCCCAAGCCCUUUGGGCCCCUAAUCAAGGGCACCUGCUGCCUGGAAGAGCGAGUCUGUAACUUACUGGAGCCUCUGGGUCUCAAGUGCACCUUCAUUGAUGACUUCGAGUGCUACCUGACCAACAUGGGAGACACCUGUGCCUGCGUUGUUAUCCACCGGGUGCCGUUUGCAUUCAAGUGGUGGAAGAUGAUCCCUUAA